AUGGGAGAAGAGAUAGUGAGCUCGGGGGGCAUCCGCAACGUCGCCGACGUGAGGGGACAACCACCGCCACCGCCGUGGAGCCGACCGGUCGCACGGACAAGAGGCCUGCCAGGCGCCGAGGCCCGGCCGGACCCAAGAGGGUCCAGACAGCCCCUGCCGUCACGCUGCAGCUCGCCGGCCGACGAAGCCGCCACCGCCCGCAGACCACCGCCUCCUCGCCAUCAACCAGGGGGCAGCUCGCUGCGCACCGAGUCGCCGGCCCGCCCUAGCCCAGAUGGAGCACGAAAGGGCCCAUAUCUGGGUUGCGCGGGUGCCGCCGCCCACCAGCACCGCCACGCGGCCAACGGCCGCGCCACCGCACCAAGGACCCCAAAGCCCACCGGAAUCCCGCCGCCGAGCCACACCGCAGCCGACCGAGCUGCACCACCGCCAUUGGGAGGCCCCCGUGCCCCCCAUGAGCGCGCAGGGAAGGAACGGCCUGCCGCCGCCAGCGCCGCGCGGGCAGGGCCCGGCGGACCAUGCCGGCAGUGGCGGGGAGGGAAAGGGACGGGGAGGGGGGCCGGAUAA